AUGGCAUUGGAGUUCCCGGGUUUGCAGCCUCCGCCGCCGCCUCGUCCACACACCCCAAGCGCCCCUUCUUCCCACAGCAGCAGCGGAGAAGGCGAAGCGCCCGGUGGGGGCGAGGCAGAUGGGGCUCAAGGCUCGCAGGGCGGCGGGGGCGGCCGCCGGCGGCGGCGGCGAAGGGGGCGGCGGAGGCGGCGGGGCAGCUAACCCUGCCGGAGGGGACGCGGCUGUGGCUGGCGACGAGGAGAGGAAAGUCGGGCUGGCGCCAGGAGACGUGGAGCAAGUCACCUUGGCGCUAGGGGCCGGGGCCGACAAAGACGGGACCCUGCUGCUGGAGGGCGGUGGCCGCGAAGAGGGGCAGCGGAGGACCCCGCAGGGCAUCGGGCUCCUGGCCAAGACCCCCCUGAGCCGCCCAGUCAAGAGGAACAACGCCAAGUACAGGCGCAUCCAAACUUUGAUCUACGACGCCCUGGAGAGACCGCGGGGCUGGGCGCUGCUCUACCACGCGCUCGUGUUCUUGAUUGUUCUGGGAUGCUUGAUUCUGGCCGUGCUCACCACCUUCAAGGAGUACGAGACUGUGUCUGGAGACUGGCUUUUGCUGCUGGAAACAUUUGCUAUUUUCAUCUUUGGAGCCGAGUUUGCUUUGAGGAUCUGGGCUGCCGGAUGUUGCUGUCGAUACAAAGGCUGGCGCGGACGACUGAAGUUUGCCAGGAAGCCCCUGUGCAUGUUGGACAUCUUCGUGCUGAUUGCCUCUGUGCCAGUGGUUGCCGUGGGAAACCAGGGCAAUGUCCUGGCCACCUCCCUGCGAAGCCUGCGCUUCCUGCAGAUCCUGCGCAUGCUGCGGAUGGACAGGAGGGGCGGCACCUGGAAGCUCCUAGGCUCAGCUAUCUGUGCCCACAGCAAAGAACUCAUCACUGCCUGGUACAUCGGCUUCCUGACACUCAUCCUUUCUUCAUUUCUUGUCUACCUGGUGGAGAAGGAUGUGCCAGAGGUGGACGCACAAGGAGAGGAAAUGAAAGAGGAGUUUGAGACCUAUGCAGAUGCCCUGUGGUGGGGCCUGAUCACACUGGCCACCAUCGGCUACGGAGACAAGACACCUAAAACCUGGGAAGGACGUCUGAUUGCUGCCACCUUUUCCUUAAUCGGCGUCUCCUUUUUUGCCCUUCCAGCAGGCAUCCUUGGCUCAGGGCUGGCACUCAAGGUACAGGAGCAGCACCGUCAGAAGCACUUUGAGAAGAGAAGGAAGCCAGCUGCCGAACUCAUCCAGGCUGCCUGGAGAUAUUAUGCUACCAACCCCAAUAGGAUUGAUCUAGUGGCAACCUGGAGAUUUUAUGAAUCAGUUGUCUCUUUCCCAUUUUUCAGGAAAGAACAGCUGGAAGCAGCAGCCAGCCAAAAGCUGGGUCUCUUGGAUCGGGUUCGCCUUUCUAAUCCUCGUGGUAGCAAUACUAAAGGAAAGCUAUUUACCCCUCUGAAUGUAGAUGCCAUAGAAGAAAGCCCUUCUAAAGAACCAAAACCCGUGGGCUUAAACAAUAAAGAGCGUUUCCGCACCGCCUUCCGCAUGAAAGCCUACGCUUUCUGGCAGAGUUCUGAAGAUGCUGGGACAGGCGAUCCCAUGGCAGAAGACAGGGGCUAUGGGAAUGACUUCCUUAUUGAAGACAUGAUCCCCACCCUGAAGGCUGCCAUCCGAGCUGUCAGAAUUCUCCAAUUCCGCCUAUAUAAAAAAAAGUUCAAGGAGACUUUGAGGCCUUAUGAUGUAAAAGAUGUGAUUGAGCAGUAUUCCGCAGGGCAUCUUGACAUGCUUUCCAGGAUAAAGUACCUUCAGACGAGAAUAGAUAUGAUUUUCACCCCUGGACCUCCAUCCACUCCAAAACAUAAGAAGUCUCAGAAAGGCUCAGCAUUUACCUACCCAUCCCAGCAGUCUCCAAGGAAUGAACCAUAUGUAGCCAGGGCAGCCACAUCAGAAACUGAAGACCAAAGCAUGAUGGGGAAGUUUGUAAAAGUUGAAAGACAGGUUCACGACAUGGGGAAGAAACUGGACUUCCUUGUGGACAUGCACAUGCAGCACAUGGAACGCCUGCAGGUCCAUGUCACGGAGUACUACCCGACGAAGGGGGCCUCGUCCCCAGCAGAAGGGGAGAAGAAAGAGGACAACAGGUAUUCUGAUUUGAAAACCAUCAUCUGCAACUACUCAGAGACAGGCCCCCCAGACCCACCCUACAGCUUCCACCAGGUGCCCAUCGACAGAGUCGGCCCCUAUGGGUAUUUUUCACGUGACCCCGUGAACCUGACCCAAGGGGGACCCAGUUCGACAAAGGCUCAGCCCACCCUUCCCUCCUCGGGAAGUACAUAUGCAGAGAGGCCCACAGUUCUGCCCAUCUUGACUCUUCUGGACUCAUGUGUGAGCUACCACUCACAGACAGAACUGCAAGGCCCCUAUUCGGACCGCAUCUCACCCCGCCAGAGACGCAGCAUCACUAGGGACAGUGACACGCCACUGUCCCUCAUGUCCGUCAACCACGAGGAGCUGGAGCGGUCUCCAAGUGGCUUCAGCAUCUCCCAGGACAGAGAUGAUUAUAUGUUUGGCCCCAGUGGGGGAUCGAGCUGGAUGAGGGAGAAGAGGUACUUGGCUGAGGGGGAGACGGACACAGACACAGACCCCUUCACGCCUAGUGGUUCCAUGCCUAUGUCAUCCACUGGGGAUGGCAUUUCGGAUUCUAUAUGGACCCCUUCCAACAAGCCCGCUUAGAAGGGGUCACUGGAUGACUCCUGGUACUGUAGACAGACUUUGUACAGCUCACUUACUCUCACGCCUAGCACUUACAAUGGUGUAAGUGGCUGUGUCAAGCGCAUGCAUGUGCGCGGUAGCCCCCCUACAAGCAGGGGCUUCUCACAGCCUUCUUCCUCCCUGUGUCACUGCAACAGAGUCGCUUCCUUUUCAGCAUGGUUUGCAUGACUUGACACUAUAUAAACGACACUGUUAGUCUCUUCUAGAUACACCUUUAUCUGCUCUUCUUACUUUCAAUCAUGAUCGAACAAGUACAGGGAGACUUACUGGUGAGCUGUGCUAUUUGUUUGGUUGGCUGGUUUGGGUUUUGAUUUGGAUAAACUGAGAGCAGAGUUUAAGUUAUUUCUAGGCUCACUUCCCCUUUGUGUAAAAAUGCUCCAGUUGAAUCAACUGUUUUCUAAAGCAAGGGAAUAAUUUUCUCAACCCAAACAUACAGUGCAUUCCAAUGAGGCUGGAGGACAGGAACAAGAUAGUCAAUCAACACCCAAAGCCAAGAUUUUGAAAAUUAUUUCACUAAUGGAAGGCUGGUAAAAUUAUUUAAACACUCCCAAAGGGACUUGGUCUACUUCUUUUACAGUACUGUGCCUCAGUUUGCUCAUCUGUAAGAUGUUGGUGAUCCAAAAUAUAACAUCACACGUGUUUUGGAUUGGGGAGGAGAAAUCUUCCAUACAUACCACAAACACAGAAAAAUAGUUCCCAAUUUAUGUAGCCAAAGAUAAUGAAAUCUACCAGAAGUGGGAUGCCCCCUCUAGGCAGGAGCUAUAUUUCAUGUCUUCAAAAUAAGAUUCCAACCCACUCUUCUGCCUGUACUUGAAUCCAAAGUGGAAAUUAGAAUCAAGAGUGAUUAUCUUUCCAAGUCCUCUAUUUAAAAGUGGGAAGUUUGGGCACAAGUCAAGUGACAUUCCUUGAGACACUUGGUUGUCAUGUGUAGAGUAAGGACUCCAAGCCUCUGCCUGGUGAUGACUCACUCCUUGCCUGAGUUUCCCCUCACAUUAUCCCAUUUGCACACCGGGAUGCAGAAAUCGUGCCGAGACACCAGCACUCUUUAUCCAUGAAAUACAAUCUCCACUCUUUAUUCAAAGCAAGGAGGAUAUCGACUUUGAGCACAAAGCAUGCUCACGUGAUGCUUUGUAUGUGGGAUCCAGGGUGGAGAAUACAAACUAGUUAUGAAUAUGCAAAUAGGAAGAAUUCCCAGAACCAUUCGCUUUUACUCCCCCUUCCCUCAGAUUUUCAAAAUGAAAAUAUUAGAACCACCCAAAAUCAAAAGAGCUACUGGAGUGUCAGCCAACAGCCUAGAGAUCCCUGCCCUACUACUGCAGGAGGAUGGAUACUAAGCACAAGCCACCCUGUGGCCUCCUGGGAGGUAUUGCUACAUGCUGCAAACCUCUGAUUAAAAAAAAAAAAAAGGUUGGACUUUGGCUGUUCUUGCUAGAUCACUACGCCACAAUAUUAGUGUCUCAGUCUUCUCACGUAUCAAAACACUGGUUUUAAAUCAUUGCCAUGGUGACCAUUAAGGUGAUAAAAAAUAUACCCUAAAUAAGUGUUUAUAUGCCAAUGCUGUUUGGUGUGUUGUCAAGAUCCAUAGAUACCAUGGCAGACAUAUGGCUGAUGGUUUCAUAAAUUCCUGAUCCUAGGAUCCUGCCCUGUGUUGGGUAGAGAUUCCUCAGCAAUUGGUUUCUUUCAAUCCACAUGCUGAGAUUGGUCCUGUACAAACUGCUGAGAAUAAGUAAUGGUGAAAGCUUGUCCCAUGAUAUAGCUACUUAAAUCCAAAUCUUUCAAUUCCACGAACUGUGACAAGCACUGAGGAUGGUAAGGAGUACCUUUCAUGGAUGAUAUCAUGAAUGGAACCUUUAAGUUCAAGGCAGGCAAUAUAGUCACACACAUUGGAUGCAGACCUUUGUGGUUUGCAAAUUGACUUUCUGACAAUCUGAAAGACAAAGGCUGUUGCCCUGUCUUCCCAGUUCUUUCAAUAUGACUUCAGUGGUCCCACUGGGGCUGUAAGAAAACUUACACCUCUUCCAAGGGACUUAAUUCUUGAAUCUGACCUUCCUAGAAUGUUUUCAUCUGAAAUAGGUGUACUAUCUAGCACCAAAUAUAUGCUACCCUUCUUUAUAUGCAUGGGAUUGGGGAGGAAGUUAGAGAAAAAUAUGUACCAUGUGAUUUUUCCUAACAUAGUCACAUUCCUUCAGAACUUCCUAGCAUUGGUAUAUUACAUGUGGAUGCAUUUCUUCAGGAGUUCGGUGGAGUUCUUGGUCAAGAAUUCUGUGAACUGAAGCUUGCAUUGUCUUGCAAGCAAGCUACAAGCAAGCAGUCUUGCUUUCCUGAUUCAAAAUCAGAGGGGCAGAAAUUAGUUUUGUAUUGAUUAUCAGCUUAGCAGAUGUUGGUUGUCUGUAUCAGAUAGGCACAAUCUCAUUUCAUAUAUUUGGCUGCAAUGCUUUAGAAUAUAGUACAUUUAAAUUUUCUAAGAAGUAGGGCUGGAGGUAUAGUUCAGUGGUAGAGUACUUGCCUACCUUACAGAAAGUUCUGGCUUUGAUUUUUAGCAUGGCACAACACACACACACACACACACACACACACACACACACACACCCCAAAUACGUAGUGUGUAGAGGACAGCUGUGAAGAGCCCAUCUAAGAGAACAAACAGGAGAAAGAGGGUCUGGAGUCCUUCUACCGUGAUAUUCUUCUACAGAAUUCUAGACCAGCAAACAAAACCUACUCAUCUAAACCUGUUGGUACAUUGCAUGAUCACCGUGGCUAGCACUGAGGAUGCAGAAGUUCUACUCUUGGGGAUGAUGGUGUGUGUCCCAUGAAGAUCUUUUGUAAGUCAAGAAAUAAACAAUCUAAGGACAGAAUAAUCCUAAAGAAUUGGAUAACAUGUACCAAAAAUCAUACCUGUAGCUCUGCAGCGUGCUGAGGAGAUCCCAGCAGUUUUUGCAGAAACCUAGAAAUACUGACAAGCUAAUUCCAUCACAAGAACUGGGAAUCGUUUUUCUCAGGUAAAAGGAUAAUCUCAUUUCAUAUAUUUGGCUACAAUGCUUUAAAAUAUAGUACAUUUAAAUUUUCUAAGAAGUAGGGCUGGAGGUAUAGUUCAGUGGUAGAGUACUUGCCUACCUUACAGAAAAUUCUGGCUUUGAUUUUUAGCAUGGCACAACACACACACACACACACACACACACACACAAACACACAUAUAGGGGGAUGUAUCUUAGCAAGAUAAAAAUGAAUGAGAGGAGUCAAUGCUAGUUAAAGUAUAAUUAUAUUAGGCUGAAUAAAAGUCAGUUUAAGUGUAAAUUUGAUUAUUAAAUAUUAUUAUACAGAUAAAUCCUAAAAACAUACAAAAACUGAGAUUGUGGGAAAAAAAGAAAAUAUUGAAUUGAGAAAACUCUUCAAUAACUAUUUUUAAAACUUACAAUUCAGACUUACUAAAUAUGACACUGUUGUUUUGAAUUCUUGUUUUAAUGAAGUAAAUAAAGAAUACCAAAGUAUAUAGGUAAAACCAAACUAAUUAACUAACAAUUAUGCUAUUAUGUCUUUUCUGUACAAAGCAGGUCCUAGACAUCGUAACUCAAGCAUAAGCACCCUUUGAAAACAUGGCAUUUCAGAAUCUACUCACAAUUUGCCAAAAUAAUUCUCAUAAUUUUAUGCUACUCUGAGAGUGUAAUAAAUAAGUAUUUACUUGGUUAUUCAUUUAGCAAGAUUUAUGAGGUACCACUGAACACCAAGGAUUGUGCAACAGAAAUACAGAGAUCAGGAAUCCAGUUUCUGUUAUAAGAAAGCUGGUGGCUUCAACCAUCAAUGAUCCUUUUAGACUUUUCCUACCUGAUUUUGUAUCUGCAGACAACUGUCCACUAAUAGUGCCUCCCAGAGGAGAGAAUUGGAAGUUCAACACAGAAGAAACUGGAAGCAAAGGCACUGAACCAAAAUGAUGAUGAUCCUGUCACCUCCGGGAAGGCAGAGAUCAUUGAAUGGGGAAUUUACUUUUGAGUUCCUGGAGAAAUUAGCCUUCUCCAUAUCCCUGUUGCACUGGAGGCCUUGCAAGUAGCUGAGGCAUCUGUCUCACCAUACUGACUAAAAAUGCCUUGGUACAGGUCAUGGCAAAACACCUAUUCGAAAAGAAAAAAGUCACUUUGCCAGUGAGAAUCUGCAGAUCAAAAUCCUUGGAGGGAAGAGAAGAGAUGAUCUCAGAAGUCAACUUUACUUUUGACAAGGCUGCCACAUUGACCCUGAUUCCCACAAUACAUUGCUACCCCAGAUGAUGCUGCAUAGGAUAGACCCUCUUUGGUUCUCAUGAAUAUGUUCCCAAGGCACCCAGGACCACUGAUAUUUUCAUUGCUUUAGACUUUGAGGGUAUCCUUAAGAAUUUAUCUUCACUUCUCUUCAAAAGCAUGCUGUUGCCAGCAUGAACUUUAACCUACAUAUGCUUUCUGCGUCCAAAAGAAAUUCAAAGUUCUCAUGCUGCUUUUACCCUGUUCAUAACUGAGCCAUCUGUACCCUAAACAUGGCAGCAGAUAGCAACUCAGUAGUUCCCAGCUUCAGAGAUGUUAGAGACUAGAAUACUUAUGAAGCUUUCAUAGGUUUUGAAACCAUGGAGUGAUGAUAACGUCAAACAAAUGAAAAGGAUAUUGAGAUGACUUGUAUAAAAAUUUGAGUUUUGAGACAUUCAAAACUAUUUCAUUCUAUUUUAAAUUUCAACUGAGACAAUCAACUCUGUAUAAAGCCCUUAGUACAGUAACUGGUCUAUACCAAAACUAUCCAUGAUUAUUCAUGUCUGUUUUUACAGUACAUGUAUGCUCCAUAACACUGAUUACUGAUAUUACUUAUGGAAUCUUAAGUUUACAACGGAAAAUAUUUUUUUUAGGAAAAAAGAAGCUGGUGGAGAUAUAAUCCAAAUUAUUGCAUGAUAAAACUAGGCAUUUUUUUCAGUUGUUCUUUAACCGUGUACCUGUCUGCAGCAUGAUUGUUUUCUUUUUCCCCAUCACAAUGUAGAAGAUAAGGAAUACUGGAAGGAGCAUUAGGAAUGCUGGUUCUCGGUAGGUAUGUGCUGAAAGUGCUGUUGAACAGAGUACCAGAUGUAGCCAUAUUCUCUUUUCAAAACUACUUAUAGGAGAUAUAGGCAAAGAGAAACUAAUUAAAUAUGAUAGGAAAGUCAACUGUUGCCUGAUGGCUACCAGUAGCACCCUUUCCGUAAAUGGGACGUCUUCAGGAAAAGGGUCCGAACUUGUUCCGAUUCUUCCCUGUGGAUGUGAUCUCAGACUCCCAUGGUCUCACUUCAGUCUCAUAUCUCUGAUCCCUCUAGGAUCAGAUGUACUUGCACAGAAUUGAGGAGACACAAUUUUACAGACUGUAAAGUGCUCAUAGCAAGACCUUGGUCACUCAUAUUUUUUUAGGGCAGGGCAUAAAUGCUCAGAGGACAGGGGCCUUAACCAGGUCUCAUGAUAUUGAAAAUAAAGAUGAAGUAGCAGAGCGAACCUAGAUCUCAGGUCUCCUUCCCCCUCAUCCAGAUGUUGACACCAGAAGAUAAAUGACAAUUUCCUGCCUCUCUUGAGAAACGGCUGACCCAGAAAUAAUGUUUGAGAGCAUCACUCUAGGGGACUCUCUAGAAUAGGACUGAUGUUCCCAAGUCCUGAAGAUGUCCCUUCUUCUGAAUAUCUCAUCAUCAAAGGGCCCAGAGAAACCUCGUGUGGUUGAGUAUAGUUAGAUAAAGACAGAAGAACACCCUUUCAACCAUGGCCAUGACUACUGUCCCCCGCCAUUAUGACUAUUCUUGCAUUGUCUCUUAUUGUGCCAAGAUUGGACACAAGAUUUGUUGAUCCCAUGGACCCAUUCAGCUCCACACACACCUUCAGUUGUAGCCUCAGAUAGAGGUCCAAUGAAUGAGAUGUCUCUAUAGAUGUGAUUUAAGUAGGACCUGAUUUCUUUGGGAAUCUGACAUGCCACAAGCUUCCAGUUCUAACAAAGGUAUCGCCGUGUACCAGAGUAUCUGGGUUUCAUCUGAGCAGGCCUGGCUCUUCUUCCUUUACCCCAGGGGAUCCCCAUGCUUGCCAUAUCAUAGACAGACACUUUGGGCCCUUGUCAAAAACUUCCUACAAUCAGUUCUGAUUUAAAUAUAUCAUGUCUGUAUAACUGUGAUAACACCUUAGAGAAUAAACUGGUCUUCAUGACUCAUGUGCAGAUCGCUAUGUGCAGAAUGUCCACUUGGGCUGUGCUUAGAUUUGCCAGAAUUUGACAGUGUUCCCCCAGAGUUUGUAUGAAAUCCAUUGGUAAGAUAGGCUGUGUUAGUGAUCUUGUGUUGGCUGAUCCAAAGCUCCUGAAGGAAUCAAAGAGAAAAGUGUCACAUUAUUGGAUGGAUUUUAAUUACUGCAUUAUUUUAACAACUGUCAUUCUGCCUGAGUCUUUUUUCCUCUUAACAGGAUUCCUCUGGGAUUGAUGUAAGUGCUAGGAAAAUUAGUAAUUUUUAUCAUAGUAAAAAACGCAAAACAAAACAGAUCUAUGUAACCUAAGAAUGGCUUAAGUUAAUUAACCACACCUAGCCUAGUACUUAGGAAUAUACCAACUAAAAUUGAAAACCUAAGAGUUCUAAAACCAAAAAUUUGGUUUCAAUGCUCUUUUCUCUAACUCUAUCCACAAAACUGAGGUCUGGGAUAGGAGAACAGUUCCCACUAAGUUCUCUAUAUUGCCAGCAUCCUUAAUGUAAACCCACUUGGGGGCUGUUAUUGGAUGCACAGAAAUUGAAGCUGAGAGAAAGAGAGCUUCCUAGAUGUCACAUAUUACAAAAGAAAGAUCUUGCAUUUUACACAAAACCAUGGACCUCAGAAGCUUAUCCUAUCUCUGCCCCUACACCAAUUCUCCCAGGCAGUAGAACUGGUGCCCGGUCAGUCUUCAUGGUCCCCAAGAAGACAUUUCCCUCCUCUAUGCAGUCAGUUUUUCAGUGAAAUGAUCGUGCGCCCACCCAAGCUCCCUAGAAAGGAAGGGUGACUGUGUCAGCUGCCCGCUGCUAGUCAGCAGGUCCUUUGAAUGUUUUCACAAUCCAGCUGUCAGAGGCAGAAAGUGAUGCCACAUAAAUUAUUCACAGGGUUCACAUUGGAGUCCAUUAGCCCUUGGAGUUUGGUGGCCACAGAUAUUCCCACAAACACCCUUUGUUCUCUGUCCCCCCAGAUCCUCUGUCACUGUGUUUAUCUGAAUGAGUUCAAAUGUGCCCCAGUGUCAGCCGGCUGUCAUCUUCUGCCUCUAGACUGCAUUCUUAUUUUAGGGCUUGAAAUAUUGUGCGAACACAAACUAGCCCUUAGAACAUGUUCUCUGAGAGGUCAAACGGGCAAAUCUAUUGUGUCCCCAUUUCUCAAUAUUAAGAGAACAGGAAUCUGCAUGGACACCAAAUGGAUCUCCUAACAGGGUCAUUCUUUACCCCCUCUGAAUCCAGUUCCAGGGAAUGGGAGAUCAGCUUCAAGCCUCGGCCCUCCCUGGGGGCUAAGCAGAGGAUUUGGACAGCCCUUCAGUCAAACAGCAGGCGUAAGCUGAUAGAGAGAGAACCUCUGCCAGGUUCUGAAAAGCCUAAUUAGGAUAGAUGCACGUUUUCAGAUUUGCCAGUCCUUCCUGUUUUAAAGAGAGAAAAAAAAAUCUAUCUCAUGCUGAUGGGCUAUGAAUUUUAUCCCCUCCCCCUUCCUAAUGUGCAGUGAUGGGAAACACCUACUGUGGAAGAAUAAAUUAAGGUUUCCAGUGAUAUGGACCACUGUGUUUGAUUUUAGGUUGUAUUUUUCUUUCACCCCUUUUGAUGGCAUAGAAUUCUGGUGCCUUGCUCCCUGGAUUUGUCUCUGUGCUAUGAGUAGGCUCUCCACAUUCUGGCUUACACGGGAACACAACUAUUCCACAAGUGCCCUUUAGUGCUCUUUAUAAUAUGGUUUCCUGUAAUUUUUAAACUGUAUGUGUAAUUUAUAUUCUGAUUCUGUCCAAUAUUUGACAACUUUAAUAGGUUGAUUUCCAUAUAUAUAUUAUGCAAACAAUUCUUACCUGAUUUUUUUAUGUUCUAUCUCAAGAUCAAUAAAGAUUGCGCCACUUAUUAAUAA